UCACUAUUCCACCAAUUCCUUUUUCCUUCUCCAAAAUCCAUGCAGGAGCAAGGACAUUCAUGUGUACAUACUUCACAUGUAUCUGUCGAACGUGAUUAUUUCUAAUCUUGUCUAAUUUUAUACGAGCAUAGGUCAUGGAUAGACUAUUAAGCUUAGAGCCAACGAAUUUGGUGACGGUACGACUUGAACCAGGCCAGAAGUGUUCAGGUGAGUUAACUCUCCGGAACGUCAUGUACACCAUGCCUGUGGCGUUCCGGCUACAGCCAGUAAACAAGACACGUUACACGAUCCGCCCGCAAUCGGGCAUCAUCUCUCCACUAACAACAAUCACCUUGGAGAUAAUUUACCAUCUCCCUCCAAACACAACUCUCCCAAACACUUUCCCUCACUCUGAUGAUUCAUUCCUCUUGCAUAGUGUUGUUGCCCCAGGGGCAGCUAUUAACAAUAAGGCCACUUCUCCAACUUUACUAGACAUGGUCCCAAGUGAUUGGUUCACUACAAAGAAAAAACAAGUUUUCAUAGAUAGUGCAAUUAAAAUCAUGUUUGUUGGUUCCCCUGUUUUGUGCUAUCUAGUGAAAAAAGGCUAUAUGGAUGAAAUUAGAGAAGUGUUAGAAAAAAGUGAUCCUAAUUGCAAACCAGCUGAUUCAGUUGACUUUGAAGGUCAAACAUUACUUCACUUGGCUAUUUCACAAAGCAGGCCUGAUUUAGUCCAAUUACUACUUGAAUUUGGGCCUAACAUAGAGGCCCAUAGUAAAUCAUGUUCAAGCCCACUUGAAGCAGCAGCAGCAUUAGGAGAAUCACUAAUUGUUGAACUUUUAUUAGCCAAAAAGGCUAAAACUGAGAGAACAGAGUACUCUGCUUCUGGCCCAAUACAUCUUGCUGCAGGAAAUGGCCAUUUGGAAGUACUAAAAUUGCUCUUGCUCAACGGGGCUGAUGUGAAUGCACUAACUAAAGACGGCAACACGGCUUUGCACAUUGCUGUGGAGGAAAGGAGAAGAGAUUGUGCUCGGGUUUUGUUGGCGAGUGGCGUGAGAAUCGAUGAGCGAAAUGCGGUGAAUUGGGAGACGGCUUUGCAUAUUGCAGCAGGAUUGGGAGAUGAACAUAUGGUUCGUGUUUUGAUUCAAAAGGGAGCUGAGAAAAAUGUACGUAAUAAGUAUGGGAAAACGGCUUAUGAUGUUGCUGCUGAGCAGGGACACAACAAACUGUUCGACGCCCUCCGUUUAGGCGACAACCUAUGUGUGGCGGCUCGAAAAGGAGAGGUAAGAACCAUCCAGCGGCUCCUAGAAAACGGAGCCAGCAUCAACGGACGUGACCAACACGGAUGGACAGCAUUACACAGGGCAAGUUUCAAGGGACGAAUAGAAGUUGUAAAGGCAUUAAUAGAAAAUGGAAUUGAUGUAAAUGCACGAGAUGAAGAUGGAUAUAGUGCCUUGCACUGUGCAGUUGAAGCUGGCCAUGUUGAUGUAGUUGAAUUGCUAGUUAAAAAAGGUGCAGAUAUUGAGUCAAGAACUAGUAAAGGGAUUAGUCCAUUGCAAAUUGCAGAGUCGUUAAAGUAUUCGGGGUUGACUAGGAUACUCAUGCAAGGAAGUGGAGCAAAAGAACAAUUUGGGGCGAAAUUGGAGACAAAUUUCGCGAAAUCAUAUGGUAAAUUGGCUAAAGAUGAAGAAAUUGGAACAGUCAAGAAGAGAUCUCAUGUUAAUAAAUCAUCCAGAGGUCGGAGAAGUAGCUUUGAUAGGACUGUUCCAUUGGUUGUGGGGUGAUUAAUUUUCUUGUUGAUACAGGCGAUCAGUGUAGUUUUUAUAAAACAGCAAUUUGGUGGACUAAGCUCUUAUUAUCUUGCAAGGUGAUAAGCGUAAUAUUUGGCUAGUGAAGUUUUCCUAAAGAGUCUAGGAUUCGUCGAGUCAUCAAUAGUAAAUUGUUAAUAAAUCAAGAGUUCAAAGGAGUAGCUUUGAUAGAACUAUUUCAUUUGCUUGUUGAUUGUGUGAUCAGCGUACGUAUAUCUUAUAAAAGAGCAGCUCGCUGCACUAAAUUCUUAUUAUGCUACGAUGUGGCUAGUGAAAAUUUCCUGAAGAGUCUAGAAUUGGUCGAGUCAUAGGUAGUAAAUUGUAUAAGUUAGGUUUUAAUAAUUGUAAUUUGUUGUGUUCCACCAAAUAUUAUCUUCCACUUUUCUUGUAUUUUUGUUGAACCUUUCAAGUGAAGUUUUUAAG